UGGUUCACUUCACCUCAUCUCAUUUUUCUCUUUCACUUCACUUCCACACACUAUUCCUUAAAAGCUUCUUUAUAUAUAUAAAAAAGUCCUAACAUCACCUCAAUUUAAUCCACUCAUCAUCUUCUUGAUUCUUCAAAAAAAAAAAAAAGUUAAAAUUCUUUCUCUCAGUUUAGCUUAUAAAGAUCUUAUCUUUUCUGAAUUGGGUCAAAGAAAAAUCAUGAGAAUAUACCAAGAAAUGAAAGAUGAAGAAGCUCAAUCAAGAAUUAGUACAAAUACAGUAACAACAGUUUCUUCAGUUUCAGUAGUAACAACACCAGCAGCAGCAACAUCAACUGUAAAAAAAGAUCAAGGAUUUAGUGGGGUUUUUGGUAAAGGUAAAUACAAAUUGUGGGUAUUGGCUGCAAUUCUUUUGCUAGCUUUUUGGUCUAUGUUCACUGGUUCACUUACUCUUAGUCUCAACUGGUCUACUUCAAAUCUCAGCCGUUUAUCCCAUGCUUCUGAUUUCACGAUCCAUGAAGAUCUUGAUAUUCUGGUAUUGGAGGAAAGAGAGAAAAUGGUGAAACAUAUGUGGGAUGUGUACACACAGAAUAGCAGGAUCAGGUUGCCUAAGUUCUGGCAAGAUGCUUUCCAAGCAGCGUACCUAGAUUUGACGAGUGAUUCACCAGCUACCCGAGACACUGCUGUGUCAGAGAUUGCCAAGAUGUCCCUCCGUUCCACUUCCACUUAUGAGUCACCUUCCAACAAGAAAUCAGAACCAAGAGAAGUAGCAAAAGAAAAAGAAUCGAAAAGUCCGGCGAAGACGACAACUACAAAGAAACAGAAAUAAUGGGGAAGUCAAUGGUUAUGUUGAGAAUUGAGAUGAAGGUAGAUGCAACAGAGUUGUGGUUGAACUCAUUCUUCUUGGUAGUCAAAGUUCUUUACUUGUAUUUAAACUACUACUACUACUACUACUAGAAGCUUUAUUUAGAUAUAUUAUAAAGAUCAAAAUUUAGUGAAGGCAAAGGUCUUCCUUUUGAUUGUUCCCACUUAAUAAUAUGCCAUUUCAAAGCCAGUUAGUAAACUUUAAUCUAUUUUUCUUAUUUGGUUGAUCCAAAUCAUGUAGUAAUUCUCU